AUGGAAGCCAAUUUGAUUACCCGUUACAAGCGCGGCAACGUGGCGGGGACGCAUGCGCCGUCGGGGCCGGCGCUGGCGAUGCCAUUUAUUGAGGACGAGUGGUGGACAGCCGAGAAUGAGGGAAGGAUGGUCGACCUCUCCAAUUGCCUGCAGCAAGAGGAGAACAACAACGUAUCGCCGGCGUCCGGAAGCCAAAUACAGGGUCCCUACUACCAACAGAACCAGCUCUCGCUGCCCAACAAUGGCCAACAGCGGCUGCAGCAGCUGCUACGCUCUGGCACCAGCGCCAUCAACAACGCCGUGGCCAACAACAUCAACAACGGCCGCUACAACAUAGCGUCCGCCAACCCCCUCCUGGCGGAGAAGCUGGCGGCGACAUCUAGCGGCAUAAAGCAGGAGCCCAUGAGCACGGACUAUAACGGUACGGGAAUGAACUACGGUAACGCGUCGCCGAUGCAGCGGGUGCCGAGCGGGAAGCCGCAGGUGCACGACGCCGGUGGAGGUAAAGGUAAGUUUUGU